UACUUCUUCUCUCUACAACUAUCCUAUCCUUUCUUGUUUGUUGUCUGUCUGCGUGACAGUGUGCCAUUGUUAUUAUCCACCCAGACGGAGUAUUAAUCUCUCUCUCUCUCUCCCUUACACUUCACGCCAAAUGCCUGCUUCUGUUGUGCUCUGUUUUCUCUCUCUCUCUCUCUCUCUCUCACGCUGUACACUCCAUUUCAAUAUGCCACUAUGAGAGAGAGAGACACGGAAACAAAGCACUGACUUUAAUCUAAAGCUAAGCUAAUAGAGUAAUAGGUAUCAGCUAGCUAGCUAGCCGUCCUCUCUUCUGCUCUCCCUUGAGAUAAAACCCAUUCUCUCUUGCCCUUUUGCUUUUUUCGUCUGUCCCGGAAUGGUGGAGAAAGUUUUGUUCCCUGGGAUCAGGAAGAUGGAGUUUGCUCUUGCUUGCGUACUGGCUCUCAUUUUGCUUUCGUUUCCUCUUACUUCAUGUAUCGGAGACGAGGGUAAAACACUUAUGUCUAUUAAAGAAUCUUUUAGCAAUGUCGCUAAUGUGCUGCUAGACUGGGAUGAUGUCCACAACGAAGAUUUUUGCUCAUGGCGGGGUGUAUCUUGUGGCAAUUUUAGCAUGUCGGUUGUUUCUCUGAACCUGUCAAAUCUGAACUUGGGAGGUGAAAUUUCACCAGCCAUAGGCGAUUUAAGGAAUCUGCAAUCUAUAGACCUUCAAGGAAACCAAUUAACUGGUCAAAUUCCAGACGAGAUAGGAAACUGCAUAUCGUUGAUUCUGCUUGAUCUGUCUGAUAAUUUGCUCUAUGGUGAUAUACCCUUCUCAAUCUCAAAGCUAAAGCAGCUUGAAUUGUUAAACUUGAAGAACAACCAACUUAUAGGCCCCAUUCCAUCAACUUUAACACAGAUUCCCAACCUGAAAACUCUUGAUCUUGCUCGAAACAAACUCAGUGGUGAGAUUCCAAGAUUGAUCUAUUGGAAUGAAGUCUUGCAAUAUCUCGGUCUGCGAGGCAAUUACCUAACUGGAACGCUGUCCCCUGAUAUGUGCCAGUUGACUGGCCUGUGGUAUUUUGAUGUACGGGGCAACAACCUGACUGGGACAAUUCCAGAUAACAUUGGCAAUUGUACAAGCUUUGAAAUCUUGGACAUUUCAUACAACCAAAUUACUGGAGAGAUUCCUUACAAUAUCGGAUUUCUGCAAGUUGCAACUCUGUCUUUACAAGGCAAUAGGCUAUCAGGUGUAAUUCCUGAGGUUAUAGGUCUAAUGCAAGCACUUGCCGUUCUGGACUUAAGUGAGAAUGAACUAGAAGGGCCAAUUCCACCUAUUCUUGGCAAUCUGUCCUACACUGGGAAGCUGUACCUCCAUGGAAACAAGCUUACCGGCUCAAUCCCACCAGAAUUGGGAAAUAUGUCAAAACUUAGUUACUUGCAACUAAAUGACAAUGAACUAGUCGGCAGAAUCCCUGGUGAACUUGGGAAAUUGGAGCAAUUAUUUGAACUGAAUCUUGCGAACAACAAUCUGGAAGGGCCUAUUCCUGAGAACAUAAGCUCUUGUAGGGCUCUGAACCAGUUGAAUGUGCAUGGAAACAACUUAAACGGGUCCAUACCUUCUGGUUUCCGGGAUCUAGAAAGCCUGACUUAUUUGAACCUUUCUUCCAACAGAUUCAAGGGCACCAUACCUUUUGCGCUUGGGCGUAUAAUAAAUCUUGAUACACUGGAUCUCUCCGGCAAUGAAUUUUCUGGAUCCAUACCUGCUUCUGUUGGUGAUUUGGAGCAUCUUCUUACAUUGAAUCUAAGUCACAACCAUCUUGCUGGACGUAUACCAACUGAAUUCGGGAACUUGAGAAGUAUUCAGAUUAUCGAUAUGUCUUGCAACAAACUCUCUGGUGCUAUCCCUAAAGACUUGGGGCAGCUUCAAAACCUUGGCUCACUCUCUCUUACAAAUAACAAUCUCAGUGGACAAAUUCCCGAACAGCUAACUAAUUGUUUGAGCCUAGUCAGUCUGAAUGUUUCUUACAAUAAUCUCAGUGGUGUUAUUCCCAUUAGCCGGGACUUUUACCGGUUUUCUCCUGACAGUUUCAUCGGGAACCCAUUACUUUGUGGCAACUGGUGUGGUUCUAUAUGUGAUCCAUGUGCAUCAAAGUCUAAAGCUGUUUUUUCAAGAACCGCAGUUAUAUGCAUAACACUAGGAUUCAUUGCUCUUUUAUCCAUGGUGAUAGUUGCAGUUUACAAAUCCAACCAAGCACCACAUUUCAUGAAGGGACCUACAAGUACUAUAGGUUCUGCAAAACUUGUAGUUCUUCACAUGGAUAUGGCUAUUCAUACUUACGAGGACAUAAUGAGAAUCACUGAGAAUUUGAGUGAGAAAUACAUAAUAGGAUGUGGUGCUUCGAGCACUGUAUACAAAUGUCAUCUGAAAAAUUCCCGACCAGUUGCCAUUAAGCGAAUUUACACACAGCAUCCCUAUAGCUUGCGUGAGUUUGAGACCGAACUGAAUACAAUUGGCAGCAUAAGGCACAGAAAUGUUGUUAGUUUGCAUGGUUACUCGCUGUCUCCCCUUGGAAACCUCCUUUUCUAUGACUACAUGGAGAACGGUUCACUAUGGGAUCUUCUUCAUGCAGGUCCCUCUAAGAAGGUUAAACUUGACUGGGAGACGCGUCUAAAAAUUGCUGUUGGAGCUGCUCAGGGGCUUGCGUAUCUACACCAUGAUUGCAACCCAAGAAUUAUCCACCGGGAUGUAAAAUCUUCAAACAUUCUGCUGGAUGAAAACUUCGAGGCUCAUCUCUCGGACUUUGGGAUUGCAAAAUGCAUAUCUUCAGCGAAAACUCAUACUUCAACCUAUGUUCUUGGCACCAUAGGUUAUAUCGAUCCAGAGUAUGCCAGGACUUCCAGACUAACUGAAAAAUCAGAUGUCUAUAGCUUUGGGAUUGUUCUCUUAGAGCUCUUGACAGGAAAGAAGCCAGUGGACAAUGACUCGAACUUGCAUCAGCUGAUACUGUCUAAGGCAGAUAACAACACCGUGAUGGAGGCUGUGGACUCUGAGGUAUCAGUUACAUGCACGGAUUUGAGCCAUGUCAGUAAAACCUUUCAACUUGCUCUUCUCUGCACGAAACGGCUGCCAUCAGAGAGGCCAACAAUGCAUGAAGUUGUUAGGGUCCUCACUUCUCUGCUUCCACCGCCUCCACUGAAGCCUUGUUUGCCUCCGUCAAAAUCCAUAAACUAUGCACAGUUUUUGGUAGGGAAGGGACAGACUGAAAACCAGCAGGAUGGCAAUUCCUCUGAUGCACAAUGGCUGGUGAGAUUCCGGGAAGCCAUAUCCAAAAACACACUUUGAAUCUGAAGGUGUAAGGUUUGUUUAGCCAAAGUUUUGUUGAUGUUGGCUGUUUUUGAUACAUGGUUUAGGACUGAUCAAAGAAAGAUCUAAAUGCCUAGAAUGUCUGAUCUGAUCAUAUAUUUUGUAGUAAUAGAUGUUAUCAUCUGGAAAUUGUACUGUCAUGCAUCUUCUUUUCCUCUUUCCCUGUAUAGUACCAAGUAAUGCAACUCUGUCUAUGCCUUAAUCUAACUAUUUUGCACUUCACAAUGGCUU